AUGGCCCUGAACGGCCAUGUCACUGUCAUCAGCGUGGAAUACCGACUCAGUCCAGAAUUUGUCUACCCCAUCCCAAUCGAUGACGGAUGGAGCGCAGUUCAACAUGUUCUAAACAAUCUCUCGAGCUUUGUGCCAACUCACACCGCACCUACCAAGCUCAUUCUGAGCGGGACCUCGUCAGGAGGACAUCUCGCCGCCAUACUGACGCAGCGACUGCGGAAAUGGCUCAGCGCGGCGGAAAAUGCAGCUCUCGCUGCAAAAGUAUCCUUCGAUGGAGUCCUGCUUAGAGCCCCGGUCACCGUUCGCGCGACAGACGACGAGUUCAUUCCCCCCAAGUUCCGGCAACUCCAGCGGUCCUGGAUGGAUGAUUAUACUGGGGCUAAAUUAGAUAGACUGAGCAUGAUCAAGAACCAUGAUAGCCUUGGAGUUCCGGUAAACGAACGGAGUUCCCCGGACGCGUAUCCACUCUGGGGCACGUUGGAUGGUCAUCCAAGGACGUAUAUCCAGAUUUGCGAGAUGGACAUCCUGCGCGAUGACGCGGUAUGCUAUGCAAGGGCCUUGCUGGAUGCUGGUGUGGAAGUCAGAGAGAUCUUGUACACGGUAAGUAAGGUGAUUUCCAUGCACUUCCUUGAUAGCUGA